GAGCAAAAAAUAUAUGCCGAAUGGCGGGUAGGAGGAAGAAAGGGGAAGGUGGGGCAAGUCAAUCUGAAGUUGGACAAUGUUAACGGGGUGUAUCAUACCACCUUGGCUGGGGUUGUUGUGCCCGGCUCUGUCGUAUGAUAACCUUAGCAUGCGCCUGCUCUACACCAAGACUUAAUUUAAGCCCAAGUACUGUGCUCUAUGCACAACCCCUCAAUUGCCCCACCCGCAACCUCGCGAUCGCCUUCAGGAGCAUUUUCAUUCAUUGCCCCUUGAGGUCUAUCGUGCCUCCAUUUACCCCAUUGCACAAUCUACACUCGGCCCUGAACUUGAAUACGUUGACUAAAGCCUUCAACAAUAUGGCUCCGAUUCCCAGGACUGUUCUCGUCGUCGGUUCGUUGAACACUGAUAUGACCACCAGAACUCGUCGCCUUCCCAACCCCGGGGAAACUAUAGUUGCUCAGGCUUUCUCAACUGCGCCAGGUGGAAAAGGGGCAAACCAAGCUGUCGCCUGUUGUCGCCUGACUAGGGCAUCCUCUGGUGCACCACCGGACGGUAUUUCCGUCAAGAUGGUCGGUGCUGUCGGAGAUGACGAAUUCGGAGGCCGUCUCAAAGACAGCUUAGGGCAGAAUGGAAUCGACGUUGAAGGAGUAAUUGUCAAGGAAGGGUUUUCCAGCGGUGUCGCCGUGAUCAUAGUACCCCCCCUUGCCGUAUCAUAGCUGGUUUGUCGCUGGAAGAUCCGGGCUAACAGAACUAGGUCGAUGAGGACACUGCCGAGAACCGCAUCCUUUACACUGCAGGCGCAAACGAGGCUCUCACUGCCCAAGAUUUCCCGGAAAACUUCUUCUCGAGCUUUAAUCCCCUCCCCUCUGUUCUUGUCCUGCAGCUCGAGACCCCACUCCAAACGGUCCUCCACCUCCUAACCCUCGCCUCCAACGCUGGCAUCGAAACUGUUUUAAACCCUGCCCCCGCCAGGCACAUUCCCCUCCAGUUCUACUCAAAAAUCGAUCAUCUAAUCCUCAAUGAAUCCGAGGCCACCUACCUCACUGGGGAGGAUGUUACCUACCUGGACGACGAUGCCGGGAUCCAAUCAACGAUCAACCGCCUACUUGAGCGCGGCGUUAAGCGGAGCGUGAUUAUCACCAUGGGUGCCCGCGGGUGCUACUUCAAGAGCUCGGAUGGCCAGGAAAGUUGGAUUAGGCCCGAGGUUCGGCCGCAGGACGUGGUGGACACUACUGGUGCUGGCGAUACGUUUGUUGGGGCCUUUGCGGUUGCCUGCGCUGAAGGAAAUGGCAUUGGCUAUUCUCUGAAUUUUGCGACAAAGGCGGCGUCGAUUAGUAUUCGGAAGACGGGGGCCCAGGCAGGGAUCCCGUGGAGGGGUGAAGUGCAGUAGAGGCGUAAAUGGGGAUGGGAGGCAAUGCACUGUGGGGACAAUGAUACAGUGGGUUCUAAAUAAAAGUGGUUCUGCAAUUAGAUACUGCGCUAUGGAGAGCGGGAGCUAGGGGGAGGGAAGAAAUGGCGAUGGUCAAGCCCUCGAAUUUCUCAACUUGGGGCAAUAAUACACCCCCGGGACCAGCAUUACCGAAUAGUGCGGGAAAGGCAUACAGUGCUUAAAAAUGUCCAUUGCUAUUAGUAGGAAAAAUUGUUCUGGAGAUGUUGGAAUUGUUUAUCCUGUUUUCCCUUGCUCCGACAUUACCUUUUGAGCCGUUAGUAUAGGUUCGAGGCAAAGGGCGUGCGUCUUCUAUAAUACAUGAUACCGUAUGAUACUACUUAUCAUAUCCAAAAGUGCGAUCUGAUCGUCUAAUAACCCGUCCAACCAGAUCUCUUCUUUCUUCCCUAACCUCGACUACUCAGUAACCACGAGGCACGCUUGGUAAGCCGGGACGAAUGGAAAGAAAAAAGAAAGAAACCAAGGAAAGGGAUAAAAGUGGAAUCAACAGUUCUCUCUGACUUGGUCCGAAAUAUAAAAUAAAUCUUUCCGCUGGAUCACCGUAUU